AUGAAGCUGAACUCGGAAAAAGUUGAUUUACCGCCCAGGCCCAGGCCCGCGCUCUCCCUGGUCUCCACCAGCCCCAGGGUAUCCGAGCUCGAGGACGCCGCCUCGACACGAGAGGGCGACGCCGACGAGUUCAGCCUGGUUCAGCUUCACCACCGCCUCGAGCUCGAGUGCCUUCCCCCUGUUGACCAGGGAAAGCAUGCUUAUCUUUUCCUCCUGGCAUGCUUCAUACUGGAGGCACUGAUAUGGGGCUAUCCGUUCUGCUUCGGUAUCUUCUCAGGCUACUACGCCAGGACGCCCCCCUUUGCUGGCUCAUCAGCAAUAGCUAACAUAGGGACAUGUUGUUCUGGACUGAUGUAUCUCUGUGGCUUGCCCGCACUCAUUCUCAACCGCAUGUUCCCACUGUGGGCGAGGUACUCUCCGCUGGUCGGGCUCUUCGUCGUGUGCGCGGCGCUCUUUGUGAGCGCCUACGCCAGGAACGUCACGGAGCUCAUCAUCACCCAGGGUGUCUUCUACGGCAUUGGCGGGGCCAUCGCGUACAUGCCCUGCAUCAUGUACAUCGACGAGUGGUUUGUCAAGAGGAAAGGCCUCGCCUACGGUAUCAUGUGGUCCGGGACCGGGCUGGCCGGCGUGGUGCUGCCGCUGAUCCUCGAGAAGCUGCUCGAGGUGUACGGCUACAAGACGACCAUAAUCAUCUGGGCGGUGGUGCUGUUCGCGAUUACGGCCCCGCUGGCGUGGUACAUCAAGCCGCGAGUGCCCCCGCUGCCGGUACGGCGCCUCAAGGCCUUCAACUUCCGCUUCUGCCUCUCGCGCCGGUUCGUCAUGUACCAGCUGUCCAAUACGGUCGAGGCCAUUGGCUUCUACAUCCCCGGCAUCUACAUCCCCAUCUACGCCGCCAGCGUGCUCGGCGCCGACCACUUCGCCACAGCCCUGUGCAUCCUCCUCUUCAAUAUCUCCUCCGUCGUUGGCUGCAUCGUCAUUGGCUGGCUCAUUGACCGCUUCCAUGUUACCACCUGUAUCAUGGUGUCCACCGUCGGCGCCACCCUCGGCACGUUUCUCCUGUGGGGGUGCGCCUUCAACAUGCCCAUGGUAUACGUCUUCUGUGUCAGCUACGGCCUGUCGGCGGGCUCCUACUCCACCACCUGGACCGGCGUCAUGCGCGAGGUGGCGGGCAAGGACAUGUCGGACAGCGUCACCCCGAGCUCGCUCGAUGGCGGCAGCGAGAUCGCGCUCGGGCCCGGCGCCGGGAGCGGUGCCGGCGCCGGCCACGGACCUGCCGAGUCGCCCCUGUCCGAGUACACCGGCUCAUACUCGGAGCACGUCGACCCCAUCAUGGUGUUUGUGCUGCUCGCCGCGGGCCGUGGCUUCGGCAACGUGGUCUCGGGCCCGCUCAGCCAGGUCAUGUACUACUCGAUGCCGUGGAAGGGCGAGGCGCUGCUGGCGUACGGCAGCGGCUACGGCAGCCUGAUCGUCUUCACCGGCGUGACGGCGAUAGGAUCCGGCUUCUGCUUCCUGGGGCGGCGGGUGGGGUGGUGCUGA